GCGGGGCUCUUCGCUAUUUGGGCGCCCCCUCUCCGCGCGCCCCAUUCGCGCCAUUAGGCUCGCCCCUCCCGCCGCUGCGCCUAUCAAAAAGUCGCGGCCCCGGGCGACAGGAUUUCGUAGCCCCACCCCUGGCGCUCCAUGUGCGGAGCGUGAGGCCGGUUCCGCCUCCCGCGGCCAGUCCCUCCCUGGAGCUGAAAAUGGCUGCUGUCGCGGGGGCGCUAGGAAGGUUAUUGAGGCCCUCGGUCUUCCCCUGGAGGGCGUGCGCCGCUGCCGGAAGGUACCUUACAGCCGCCGCGGCUGCAGGAGGGCGGAAGUGCGCGGACGGUGCGGCGCCCGCUUUCCCUCGGCGGCAUUUCAGCACUAGUUCUUCAAGGUUUGUUCCUGCUGUCACCCAGCAUGCUCCCUAUUUCAAGGGUACAGCUGUGGUUGAUGGGGAUUUCAAAGAGCUGAGUUUAGAUGAAUUUAAAGGAAAAUAUCUGGUUCUUUUCUUCUACCCUUUGGACUUCACGUUCGUGUGCCCAACAGAGAUUGUCGCUUUCAGCGACAAAGCUAACGAAUUCCACCAGGUGAACUGCGAGGUAGUUGCUGUGUCAGUGGAUUCUCACUUUACUCACCUCGCCUGGAUAAAUACACCACGAAAGAAUGGCGGCUUGGGGCGCAUGAAUAUCCCACUUCUGUCAGACUUAACGAAACAGAUCUCUCGAGAUUAUGGUGUGCUUUUGGAAGGGCCUGGUCUUGCAUUAAGGGGUCUUUUUUUAAUUGAUCCUAAUGGAAUUAUCAAGCACUUGAGCAUCAAUGACCUCCCUGUUGGUCGAAGCGUAGAGGAAACACUUCGCUUGGUGAAGGCGUUCCAGUUUGUAGAAACGCAUGGAGAAGUCUGUCCAGCAGAUUGGACUCCACAUUCCCCCACGAUCAAGCCAAAUCCAGAAGAAUCAAAGGAGUAUUUUGAGAAAGUAAAUAAAUAAGAUCACGAGUAAUAAUGAGGUAGAAGUAGACUACAUUUCCUCCAAACAAAAUGCUGACUUCCAGAAAGAGCAACUAUGAUUGUAAUAAAACUUCAAAAUUAUUUUAAUAUCUGUUGUGAUGGAAAAGUUGUUAUAUUUUGCAAGGUUUUUACUGUAAGGAUGAGUGACUUUGUCCCCAAGUGGAUUUAAGCAACACUCACGGUGUUUCUUACAUGCAGCAUUCUCAGAAAC